GAGACUCUGGGCGUAUGUUUGAAAGGCUAUAUGGAUGCACAAUGCAUUCGAUCAACUGGCAACCAUGUUUCGUCUUUCAUUUAUCCAUAUUCGCACUUAGAUUGUUACUCCGGCGAUCAAUUUUUGAGUCCAUUGUCGUCUCAUACUUAUUGUACGUAUCUCUUGGAGGUUGGCGCUAUCAACGCAUCUUUAUUUUAACUUUUCUCAGAGACCUCAUGGGACUACGAUGCAUACUCAUGGUUCAGUUAAAUGUUCUCUGGCUUCAAUGGACGAAACGAACUUUUUCCGACAUGUUUGAAUAUACUGUAACAAAACGGGGACCGGAAAAUGUUGCUAUUUAUUUUGAGGACCAAGUAUGGACCUUUGGGCAGCUGGAUGCGUAUUCAAAUAAAGUAGCCAAUUAUCUGGCGAAAUGUGGUUUUAAACGAGGUGAUAUAUUACUGCUGUUUAUGAAUUCCUGUCCGGCAUAUAUUGGAAUAUGGCUGGGAGCAACUAAGGUCGGUGUUGCGACUGGUCUGGUAAAUACUAAUCUUUGUAAAGGAUCACUUAUGAAUUGUAUUAAAACGCUGAGUGCACGUGGAAUAGUUGUGGGUUCCUCUUUGAAAGAAACUUUUGAAACGGUCAAUGAGUAUAAUGAUUUAUCAUUAGAGAUGAUAUGGUUAGUUGAUGAGAAAAGAAGUUUACCAGAAACUGCCUAUUCUAAUUCAACUUCUUCAACGUGUAGCUGGAACAUAGCACUUGCACAAGUUCCACACUGUGCUCCAAUUCCACUUCCACGAAUUGCUAAUCUCCGUGAACAUUUGAUCUACGUCUAUACCAGUGGUACGACUGGUUUGCCUAAGGCUGCUAUUAUAACGAAAUUACGCUAUACUCUAUUGGUUGUUGGUGCUAAAUACUCAUUUGGUAUUCGGCAAUCCGAUAUUAUAUAUGAUCCUCUACCGUUAUAUCAUUCAGCUGGUGGAAUAUGUGGAGUCGGACAAAUGUUAUUGUAUGGUAACACAAUUGUAAUAAGAUCGAAAUUCUCUGCAUCACAGUUUUGGUCAGAUUGUGUAAAAUAUAAAUGCACAGUUGCUCAAUACAUUGGAGAAAUAUGUCGUUAUCUUUUAUGUCAACCUGUAAGACCAACAGAUAAACAACAUCAUGUACGAAUCGCAUUCGGUAAUGGUCUACGACCACAAAUAUGGAAAGCAUUUCAAGAACGUUUCAAUGUUAAACAGAUUGGGGAAUUUUAUGGUGCUACAGAGUCAAAUACUAAUAUUGCUAACAUGGAUAAUAAAUUUGGUGCAGUUGGUUAUGUUUCAAAAAUCAUUGAUGGUUUUUAUCCAUGCUAUAUCAUUAAAAUUGAUGUAGACACUAAAGAACCUAUUAGAGAUCCCAUAACUGGAUUAUGCAUACUGUGUGAACCAAAUGAACCUGGUCAUUUGGUAGCACGUAUCGGUUCAAAUGAUCCUUUUCGAAUGUUUGAUGGUUAUGUUAAUUCGGAAGCUUCCGAAAAGAAAAUUAUUCGAAAUGUUUUACGUAAGGGUGAUUUAUGGUUUGCUUCUGGGGAUUUAAUGUGCUGUGAUGAAUUGGGCUAUAUGUACUUUAUCGAUCGGUUAGGUGAUACAUUUAGAUGGCAUGGGGAAAAUGUAUCCACUUCAGAAGUUGAACGUGUUUUAGAUCAAGCUAUUGGAACAUUAACUGGGACUGUAUUCGGUGUUUCUAUUCCUGGGACAGAGGGGAAAGCUGGAAUGGCUGCUAUUGCAUUAGAAGGAUCAAAACUUACUUCUAUAGAGGAAGAAAAUUUGCUUUGCCGAAUAAAUGAAGAGUUUACAGGGAACUUGCCUUCUUAUGCACGUCCUCUAUUCAUACGGUUGUGUCAAAAUCUGACGAUGACUGGUAUGUUCAAUUCACUUCUUUUUUACUCAUUAUUAUAAUUUUUAUGUGACUGAUUAAACGUUCUUUUUUGUGUAGGUAGGUUUAUAUUCCAUAUGAUGUUAUCUAAGGUCAUAUCAGGUUUUUAUUUUAUUUUCCUCAAAUCCAAGUUUAUUAGUAUCAUUAUUAAAACUUGUGUGAAUGUCAUCCUCUAUAUCCUGAGUGGCUUGUUAUCGAGACAAUUCUUUAGGUUUCUUAUACCAAUUGUCCAACACCGACUACAGUUUAUCAAUGUUGAGUUCAGAUAAAAAACUUACAAGCACCUCAAGUGAAUGUGAGCAGAAAAGCUAAUGCUCACGAGCAAGUGAAUACAUAGUCAAAUCAAAGCUAAGCAAUAAAAAGGAUUCAAGCAUAUUUAACUGACUAACAUUUAAGCUAGAGAGUUAUGUGUGUAGGCUGUCACAUGUGAUCAAGCCUACAUCUUUAUACUGAUGCGAUAGUAUUAAUAGUAAUACAAAGAAAUAGACAAAUCGCUACUGUUCUAAUAGCACUGGACUCAGUAGCAUUUGAAACGAAACGUUCCAGGCUUGAGUCCCACUGUGAACAUAAAUUUAGAUGCAUUUAUACGCAUCCGGCGUGUCUCAAAUAAAACUAGACGCAUGUUCUGAAUUUCACUACUAAUCUCAAACCUACGUAUUUUAUGAAAUCAAGUUUUUUAGAUUUAAAUUAUAAGCGAAAAAUAUUGGUAAGUUUAUCUCAAAAAAAAGAAAAGACUAAGAAGCUACCCCAGAUGCUUAGUCGCGGACAUGUUGGUUUGAGUGUUUUAGUGGAUUUUCAGUGAAUUGUUUGAAAAAUUUCGAAAAUGUAAAUCAUUAGUGUUAACAAUCUAAGAUUCAGCGUAUAUUUAGAGCAGUUCAAGUUGCCUUUCUGUACAUCAACACGGUACAAUGAAAUCAAUAAAUAAAAACAUCACUCAAUGUAAGAGAGUUAAAAUGAACGCAUAAAAUCGAAGAAUAAAAAGGUAUUAGUGUUAUUAAGCUCGAGAUUCAUGAAUUGGAGAAUGAAUGUAAAUGAUCCAUUACAACUGAUUUCAAGUCAUGUAAUCCAAGCUCCGCUAAAUGUUAGAACACCGCCAUACUUAUUGCAGGCCAACAAUCUCUGCGUUUGUUGAGGUCAGGACCGCCUUCUAUUCGUUAGAUAGGGCUGCUCAUUGAAACUGUGUAUUGAAGAAGGGUGUACCGGAGAAGUUUAUUGACAGCUUGAAGGCCAUACCUUAGGCAGAUUGAGUGCAUGCAACCAUCCCUCUCUAUGAUUCCAUUCAAGCAUUGGUAUUGCCCAAUCUCACCACUACUGUUCAGUUUUGCUAUCGAUGACGUUCUGAAAACAGCUCUAAUCGAUGUAGGUUACGGUGGUGUAGAUCUGUUUCUUGGAGAAAAACUCGGCCUUGAAUAUGCGGAUGAUAUUGUAUUGCUGUGCGAUAAUACUCAAGCCAUGCAAUCCGCAGUUAAUCAGUUGGAAAUAAGUAUCUGUAGGAAUGGUAUGUUGUUUGCACCUUCGAAGUGCAAAGUACUUUCACAAGACUGGCAGGACCCUGCAUCUUCAUUCACUCUUGGUAGUAAGCAGUUAGAAAUAGUCGAUUUCGUGUAUCUGGAUAGCUGAUAGUAGAGUGAGUGAUGAGAUCAAUUCACAUAUAGUGAAAGCCAGAGCGCCAUGUACCAAUCUGCGCCAUCUUUGGCACCGCCGUGAUGUUAGUCUAGAGUAAGUGAUAGAUAGUGUGUAAUAAAACUAUUCUUUACAAAUCGUUCUGAUUUUUAUUGCUGAUUUUGCACUUUUAAUCCACGUUAUAUAAUAUUGUGACACGACACAUGUGAUCUGUGUAAGUGAACCUAUUACGUAAUUGAACUUGAUUGUAAUAAACCGACUUAAUUUUAAAAUCUUAUUAGAAUUCAAUAUUGGACCUAAAUGCUUCAUUUAUGUACUUCCUUUUAUAAAUUUGAGUGUAAUAAAAAAGAAAACCUUAAUAUAAUCCUACUAUUGUAAUGAACGAGAACACAGAUGGGGACAACCAAAUUUAUUUUUGUAUAACAUUACAUAACACCUUGGUAAAAUAUGAGAACUGCACAUUGAUUAUUUCAUUUGUGCCUCACUGCUUUCUCGCGGCAUUAUUGUUUACGGAAUUGAGAGGAUGAAAAGCGAAUGUCCGGCGCUUUA